GUAUUAAAGGGCCCGGAGCGGGGCAGCUCCCUGCGCCGCAACGCUAGCUUUCCCUUCCCUCCUCUCUGGCCCUCCCUCCUCCCGCCCACUGGCUCCCUCCCCCAGCGCUCUCCAGCUUCUGCGCCCCAGGAGCUACGCGACAGUCUUCCAGGAUUAUGGAGUUUCUGAGCGAGAAAUUUGCCCUCAAGAGCCCUCCGAGUAAAAACAGUGACUUUUACAUGGGCUCAGGAGGUCCGCUGGAGCACGUUAUGGAGACGCUGGACAAUGAGUCCUUUUACAGCAAAGCGUCUGCAAGCAAAUGCGUGCAGGCCUUCGGACCCCUGCCCCGCGCGGAGCAUCACGUGCGCUUGGAGAGGACCUCGCCCUGUCAGGACAGCAGCGUGAACUAUGGGAUCACUAAAGUAGAAGGACAGCCCCUUCACACCGAACUGAAUAGAGCUAUGGACAACUGUAACAGUCUCCGAAUGUCUCCCGUGAAAGGGAUGCAAGAGAAGGGAGAGCUGGAUGAACUUGGGGAUAAAUGUGACAGCAAUGUAUCCAGCAGUAAGAAGCGAAGACACCGAACCACCUUUACCAGUUUGCAGCUGGAGGAACUGGAGAAGGUCUUUCAGAAAACUCAUUACCCGGAUGUAUAUGUCAGAGAACAGCUUGCUCUGAGGACAGAGCUCACUGAGGCCAGGGUCCAGGUUUGGUUUCAAAAUCGAAGGGCCAAGUGGAGAAAAAGGGAACGUUAUGGCCAAAUACAACAAGCAAAAAGCCAUUUUGCUGCCACCUAUGAUAUAUCAGUUUUGCCAAGGACUGACAGCUACCCACAGAUUCAGAACAAUUUGUGGGCAGGAAAUGCAAGUGGUGGUUCUGUGGUUACUUCAUGCAUGUUACCACGUGACACUUCCUCCUGUAUGACACCUUAUUCUCACUCGCCUCGGACAGAUUCCAGUUACACAGGGUUUUCAAACCACCAGAACCAGUUCAGCCACGUGCCCCUCAACAAUUUUUUCACUGACUCUCUUCUUACUGGGGCAACCAAUGGACAUGCAUUUGAAACAAAGCCAGAGUUUGAAAGGAGGUCUUCCAGUAUCGCAGUUCUUCGAAUGAAAGCUAAGGAGCACACCGCCAAUAUUUCAUGGGCCAUGUAACAUACAGUACUCUUUUAUUUUUCUUUUAAUAGCAAAGUUAAACAUUCUUAUUUCUCAUAUUUAAAAGAUACCACAAUAAGCUGCUGUGUGUGGAAUUGCUAAAGGUCAAGAUAUUCAGUGAGACCAGCUUAAAUGAAUAGUUGUUAUUUAACAUUAAAAUCUAAGAAUGAACCUCUGAAAAGACUAAAUAGGUUUACCAUGUGCCUGGCUCCACAAACUCUGUUUUGGUAGUAAGAUUUUCUUUUUCUAUUGUACAAGCCAAUGAAAUAUGAUCAUGCAACUUAUUAAAGAAUAAAUGUGUUAAACAAA